AUGGCUGGCCGCGUUCAACCAUUUCUUGAUUCUCUUGGCCCAGAAGUGGAGGACCCCGAAGAAGAGGCGUUUCUGUUGUUCUCUCAAACCAUCCCAUCCCAGAAUCUCGGAUUCGUAGAUUCAAAGGCUACUGAAAUAGAUUUCACCAUUAACGGUAGAGAUCUCACAAUUUAUCAAUCACCUACAAUCUUAUCAUCAAAUCGUGAUGGGGGUACUACUGGAGCAGUGAUAUGGAAAAUUACCCCCCUUUUCGCAAAAUGGAUAUCCUCACCUACAAAUCCGCUCCUCCAGCAUCAGAUAAUCACCCCUGAUUCAGUAGUCCUUGAAUUAGGUUGUGGAAUAUCCGGUCUAAUAGCCCUUACUCUAUCACCUCUUCUCCAAACAUACAUCCUUACAGAUCAACCAUAUGUUCUCAAAUUUCUCUCUCAAAAUCUUUCUUCCAACUCCUCCACAUCAUCAACCACAACAAACUCCAAAUCCAAGUCCCGAAAAUCCAAACCCCCAUCGUCAACAUCCACAUCAACAACCCAACAACCCUCAACCAACAAAAUCAUCCCUCUAACCCUCGACUGGGAAACCGACGUCGUCUCUCCCUCUCUCACCUGCUCAGAAACCACCACCAGCUUCGACACAAUCAUAGCUUGUGAUUGUAUCUACAACGACGCAUUAAUACCACCCUUUGUCCAAACGUGUGUUGAUCUCUGUCGUCUUCGUUCCACAUCCUCAUCUCCAAAAGAUCAAGAUCAAACAGAACCCAGUAAUCCCACUCUCUGUGUCAUAGCCCAACAACUCCGUUCUCCUGAUGUUUUCGAAUCCUGGCUUAAGGAAUUCAAUAAAUCUUUUAGAGUAUGGCGUGUACAGGAGGGAGAUAUUCAGGCGUGUGGGUUAGGAGAAGACUCGGGGUUUGUGGUGCAUAUUGGGAUUUUGAGAUAG